CUGACAGCUGAUGACACUACUAGAUGACAGAUCGUCUGGUCUUGGUGAGGGAUAUGAAGAGUAAAGAUCAAGUUAAGAAUCAUCAACUUCAACUAUUUAAAGAUAGAUCAUAAAAUUAUUAGUGAUCAUGAAAUAACGUUUAAGUUUCCGGACUGGAGGGUAGCCUACAAUGGAGUCAUAUGUAGAAACACAGGAAAAUAGAACUCACGAGAAUAGUAUGAGCUCUGAACUCAUUCAGGUUGAGGCAACAGACUUGUCGUUUGAUACAGUGCCUGAUUCUCUUGAGUUGAAAAAGAAAGUAAAUGAUAUUGAGGAAUUCCUUUUGCAAAACCCAUCACCUCCUUUGGGAAAACUGAAAAACUUUGCUCUCUCAGAAGGUGGAUUAGUUUGUGAUGAGGUACGCAGGAAAGUGUGGCCUCUACUGCUUUCACUCGAUCCUGAAAAAGCGGAGCCGGCCCCAGCCCUAGAGACUUUGAGGGCUCAUCCUGAAUAUCAGCAGGUGGUGUUGGAUGUGAACAGGUCGCUAAAGCGGUUCCCUCCCGGCAUCCCGUACAACAGACGAGUGGCGCUGCAGGAUCAGCUGACUACCUUGAUCCUACGAGUCAUCUCCAAGUACCCUCACCUACGAUACUACCAGGGAUACCAUGAUGUAGCUGUCACUUUCCUGCUGGUGGUGGGGGAAGAUGCAGCGUUUCAGAUCAUGGAACGUUUGUCCACGGAUCAUUUGAAGGACUGCAUGGAACCCACCAUGGAUCGAACCUCGUACUUGCUCAACUACAUCUUCCCUUUGAUACACAGGCUACAUCCAGCGCUGUGCGAGUUCCUUGAUAGGUCUUGUGUGGGCACCAUGUUCUGUCUGCCUUGGUACCUUACCUGGUACAGUCACAGUCUAAACCGAUACAGAGACGUGGUCAGACUGUACGACUACUUCCUAGCGUCCCCCCCACUACUGCCACUCUACCUAGUGGCUGCAAUCGUAGCUCAUCGCCAAGAUGAACUGUUCUCCGUAGACUGUGAUAUGGCCACCGUGCACUGCCUUCUGUCUAACCUGUCUGAUGAUUUGCCGUUUGAGAAGCUGUUGAGCCAAGCCACAGACUUAUAUGACAAGUUUCCUCCAGAGAGUAUAGAGCCUGAGGUCAAAGAAAGAUGUCAGUUGGAAGCCCAGAAACGUCAGCAGGAGGAGGCUGAGAGAAAGGCGCUGGUGAGGCGGAGGGGUAGAGGUAGGGGCGACACAUCGUGGGUGAGGCGACUGUGGGCCUGGCAGCCGCCCGUACACAUACCUAACUACAAGAUCCUGAUACUCACUGCAAGUGUGGCGUUCGGCUUCUACGCCUACCUCAAGGCUGGUCCUGACGCAAUAGACUUCACACCCAGGUAGCCUUUGCCCCUGUCCCGAGACUCCACCGAGCAGCCUUUGCAACGUCCUGUCUGUGAUCACUGUAGUUCUUACAUUAGAUGUUGGUUCUACUUUUUGUGUUGGUAAAGGUGUAAUAGCUGCAAAUUGUCUGCCUCAUAUGCCCAUCUGUUUAUAUUUUUCUCAUAUUUAAUGGGAGCCUCACACUGUUGAAUAGUGAAUUUUUAAAUUUAUUGCCCGUCUUUGGUCAAAGACACUGAUUUGUUUAUAGUGGCAUCAAGAAAAAUAAAUUUUCGGUAGUGGUAAUAAAAGUAUCAGCCACAGUUGGUUGUAUAAAAUUGUCGAGUAUAAUUUUAUUUUGAGGUUUUCGAUCGCCAGUAUCUUAAAUUGUUUUGAUAUUUGUUUCAUUAGUAACCUAUGUUUUUUAUAAGCCUCUAGUUUGGACUUUAUAAGAAGUUGUAUUGAAUAUUGUUACAUCACUACAUUAGAUUCCUGACUAUCCACAAUAUAUCCUACAGUAAUCAGUGGUCGAGUGAUCGUCAAUAACACAAACAUAACCUAAAAUGCCCGAGAAAUAACUAACAUUGACUUGAAUGUACGGUUAAGCUUUAAUUCUGGUUUAGGCAUUGAUAAAACGUUUUUGCAGUGUAGAUAUACAUUUUAAC